UUAAUGUCAACUAAUUACUCCACACAAAAGAAACGUAUGAAAGCGCGAAACGAAUAGACACGGUUACUUGGUGUGAUAGGAUAGGUUUGUGUCUACACUCCCGGUAAAUUAGCCACUGUGUGUGUGGAAGGAGGAGCCGAGCAAAGGGGGAGCGCUCCGUGGUGCGAGAGCAUGCACACCGACAGGGGCUAAUGGACAGAGGCAGAAGCCAAGAAGUCUCUGUUUCCACGUCUGCCUAACCUAGUAGCUGUUGGCAGUCUCUCGGCUUGUCAAGUGAAAGGAAGUGGACGGACGCAGGACCGCUUCUGAAUAUCAAUGCUGAACUGGACCACUAAAUACCCGGAGUUUACGGGGAUGAUCAAUAAGUGAGGUCAAAUUUUCGCAAUACACACAGUUCGGUUGAAGACAACGUGAAUUGUUCGAGUCCAAAGGAGGACAUUUGGAUAGUUUGACACAAGGAGAAUGUAUGCGACUUUUUUAUAGUGUGUGAUGCUCAGCUCGCACGCGGGCGUAUCUGGCUAUGGUUAUCUUUGAAGACGGAGGACCGCAAAGAACUUUCUUUCUUUUAGCUUGUUCAUGCGGUUUUUGAAAUGCACCAUUAUCGUUUGUGCUCUAUCAAGCAGUCUCUGGAUUAACUACUGACUGUGGCGCGGCGCAUUGGGUACAGGACAGAUACCUAACUUGGGGCAACAUGACGACUUCAACUGACAACCAAGUGACCCCUGGGGAGUGAUUUGACGUAUUACAAAACAUUGCGCCAUAAUCAAGAAUAUGCUCAACUUCAUAUGAAUUUAUCGACACAGAAGAGAAAAUGCUGGCCUGCAUCAUUUUUCUCAGCUCAUUUUUCACUCUUGCAAGUUUGCAAGACAUCGGGGUCCCUGUAACCACAACGGGUGGAUCUUGUGACUCGCUGUGUUUCUGCGAGGAGCGAGACGGAGUUUUACACAUGAAUUGCGAGAAGCGAAACAUCAGCAGGAUAUCGCAAAUCAAAGUGCCGUCUGCCUUGCCUUUCCAUUUGAAUCUGUACAAAAACGACCUGGUAGAGUUGCAAGCCGAGGACUUGGACGGCUUCAAGAAUGCUAUCACUUUACACCUGGGUGGCAACAGCAUUCAGGAGCUGGAUCCAGGAGUGUUCGCCGCCCUGGGGUCUCUGAAGAAACUGCACAUCAACAGCAAUUUUCUGGUCAUGCUGAGAGAGGACACUUUUCAGGGCCUGGUGAAUUUGGAGUACCUCCAGGCAGACACAAACUUCAUCCGAGUUGUGGAGCCUGGGGCCUUCAGCAAACUCGUCCGCCUCAAAGUUCUGAUCAUCAACGACAACGCCAUCGAGUUCCUUCCCAGCAACAUUUUCCGCUUCGUGCCUCUGACCCACUUGGAUCUCCGCGGCAACCGGUUGCAGACAUUACCCUACGUUGGCUUCCUUGAACACAUUGGACGCAUCAUGGAGCUUCUGCUUGAGGACAACAACUGGGUGUGCGACUGCGAGAUCCUGUACCUGAAAAUAUGGAUAGAGAACAUGCGGUCGCAGUCGUUCAUUGGCGAAGUGGUGUGCAGUGACCCCCUCCACCUCCGGGGGAGUAUUUUGACGAAGGUAAAACGUGAUGUGCUUUGCCCGUCCCAUGCGGACAUCAACCUUGAAGAGCCAUCCAAGUCGCUUGACAUGGUGGUGACACCGUCGUCUAAAGUUGCCCAAAUACCCGAGGCCAAAGAUGACGCAAAGAUUCCAACACCAGCUCAAGUUCCCGAGACAUCUUGCAUGCCCCAGUGCUCUUGUCACAAUCAUCCCAUUGCUGGUUUUUUAAUCCACUGUCAAGACAGAGGCAUCCAAAGGAUAUCUGAUCUAGGAGUACUUCAACAAAGCCCUACCAAACUCGUUCUGACUGGAAACAUGAUACAAAGGCUUUUGAAGUAUGACUUUGUAACAUAUGAUAGCCUAGAGUUGUUAAACUUGGCAAACAACCAAAUUGAUUAUGUAGAGAAUGAGACAUUUCUCAGCUUGAGCAAUUUAAAGAAAUUGUACCUGAAUGGCAACAGAAUAGAGAAGUUGUCUCCAACUAUGUUUGUCGGCCUCCACAACCUUGAGUACAUCUAUUUGGAAUAUAACAUAAUUAAAGACAUUCAACCAGGCGCAUUCAAUCCAUUGCCAAAUCUGAAACUGCUGUCCAUAAAUAACAACAUGUUAAGCACACUUCCUGCACAGAUAUUCCGGAAUGUGCCCCUAACGAAACUAAACCUUCGGAAGAAUCUGUUCAUGCACCUGCCCGUGAGCAAUGUGCUCGACCAGCUUGAUUCCCUUGAGCAGAUCUACUUGGAGGAUAACCCAUGGGACUGCACCUGCGACUUAGUCAGCCUCAAGCAGUGGGUUGAGAAGCUGGACAAGGAUACAAUCAUGGGCACCAUCUUGUGCCACACGCCCAAGAAGGUGGCCAAGGCUGACCUGAAAAACCUAAGGACCGAUGUCCUCUGCCCCGGCCUCGUCACGUACUACUCCUUGCCCACCGAUACAGACGGUGUCCCAACAACCAUCACACCAAACCGCCAAGCUCAGGGCUUCUUUGACUCCCUGAUGGACACUGUCCCCCUGUCUGUGCUGAUACUGAGCCUGCUCGUCUUCUUCUUGACUAUCAUCUUCUGUGCUGCCGGCGUGGCCGUUUACGCGCUGCAUCGCCGACGCCGGAGGACCAAGAAGAAGCAGGCAGAGGAGCAGCCGCGAGAGAGCAGCCCCAUCCACCUCCACUACAGCAUGUAUGGCCAGAAAACCACCCACCACGUGGCUCAGCGUCACGCCACGGGGAUGUAUGACGAGACCUCGCACAGCCCGGUCAUCCAGGUGUGCCGGAACCCUACGUACUGCGCCCAGCACAAAGACCACGAGUCCGAGCACGAGUAUGACCAUGACGACACCAAGCACCACAUGUGCCACAGCAUCCUAGACAAAGAGAGCCACUCAACUCUGACUGGACCCAAUCUGAAGUUCAAGGCCAUGACGGAGUACCCAACUGAGUUUGUGACGUUGGGGGACACAAGCUCGCUGUACAAGAACAUCCUGGAUAGGGAGCGAGAGCUCCAGCAGCUCAGCAUCACAGAGUACCUCAGGAAGAACAUCUCUCAGCUGCAGCCAGGGGUGGACAUGCAGGUCCCUGGGCACCACAAGGAGCUGAAACUCAUGGAGACACUCAUGUACUCCCGGCCCAGGAAGGUCAUGGUGGAGCAGACUAAAAAUGAAUACUUUGAACUCAAAGCAAACCUUCAUACGGAGCCUGACUAUUUAGAGGUACUGGAGCACCAAACAGCUUUCAAGUGAGGUAACAACAAAGAAAGAAAGAAAGAAAAUAUGUAAAAUAUAUAAAUUUAAUUUCUUGGUUUCAUGUUUAACACUUCAAGUGCCUUUUCUAAAUUAUUCUGUGGUUAAACUGUACUACCUGAAAGUUCUUGACUUUUUUUUUUUUUUUGGCUUGGUAAUUCGUGCCUCCCAAGCCAUACGGGGCAGACACAAUGUUUAAUUUAUUGUUGUUCUUCUCCUUCUGAGAGUGCAGUGCUCCCGAGAGACACUUAGCCCUAAUACCUGUCAGUGGUAGCUGAGUAAGUAGAUACAUGGUGUCAUCACAUUCAACUUCUGGCAAGUGUCCAGUUUUCCAUGCACUCUGCCUGUCCCCACUUUUUCAAGUUUUUAAGUUUUGCCAUAAUGCGCAUGUGCCACAUAGUCCAUAGAAUGCCAACCUUCAUGCAGAUGUAAAACCUCAUUGGUUGGUGUUAAGCUCAUUCAUAUGGUUUAUUCAUGAAUACUGUAUGUUAAAUUGUGUUCAUGUUAUCAGGUUUUUUUUUCUGUUGCUUUUAUUCUGAGUGGUUCGUCUGUGAAAUCUAUUUAUUUUUCAAUAACCGCUCUGUCUCUGAGAGAAGAAAAGCACUUAUUUUAUAACAAAAUUCAGAUUUCUCUUUUUUUUAGCAGCUCUGUAAUUAUAAUAAGAACACUCUUUUCUGCAAUUCUCAGAAAUGUCAUUUUAAAGACGGUGCAUGACAAUCAAAUGUCCUUUGGAAAAAAAUAAUAUAUCCGUUCUCUUUUUGAAAGAUACCUUUGGAGGAUCGUUACUGGUUUGUAUUAUAAUGCUAAUUAUGAUGAUUUUGCAUAUACAAAUGCUAUCUGACAGUUUUCUCACAGCAUGAGUCCUGUCCAGGAUGUAUUUUCACAUCAUUAUUUGGUUGGGAAACCAAGUAUAUUCAGCCUUGAAAAUGUUGUACUGUAUAUGUAAGAGCACCAUAGCUUUAUUUUAUACCAGUGUAGAUUUUAAACUAUUUAUUCUGUACAUACUUGUACAUAUUAUCACAUUUAUAUGUCUGUGUGCCUUUAACGUGGUACAGAUACAUUCUUGAGAAACUGUAAAUAAAGAUUCACUAUAUUGAGUGUGA